CGACUAGCAAUGUUAUAAAUAAUUCGUAUUUUAACUAAUAUUCAUUUGAGAUUAGAAUUUAGUUCAACAUUUACCAAUGAUUGGAACAGUUAGAGACUUGGGAUUAAUUUUUCUUCUUGUAGCAAUGUUUGAUGGUUGUAUCCAUUGUAGCCAGAUACAAAGUCUUGUUAAACUGAAAAAAAUUCACUGCAAAGCUUCGCAUCCAGAAUUGGUUUCUCUGGAGGAAUGUAACAUAUUAGACAUGGUCAAUGAAAGUAAAGUGCAGACGUUAUGUUACUUUAAGGAGAAACCGAUUAAUCAAGUUAAUUUGCGUAUGAAAUCUUAUGUGAAACGUCCAAUGGGAUAUGUGCCGUUUGUCAUCGAUAUAACUGUGGAUUGGUGUGAGUUUCUAAUUAAGCGCAGCAAUAUCAUUUUGAAACGAUUAUUUGAUUUGGUUGAAAAAUAUUCGAAUAUGCACACGAAAUGCCCGAUUACAGAAACUUUUAUUUAUCUUAACGCUUCCAUAGAUAAGGACAGGGGCUUUCAUCUGCCAUUUAAAUUUCCCGCCGGAGACUAUCGUAUUGAUUUUAUAACUACAUUUAAUACAGUUAUUCACGUUGUAACUUAUCUUUACAUUGAAGUUGAGUAAAGUUGACCUAACCUAAUCAAAUAUCGACUGAUCCGGUGAUUAACCAUGUAAUAAAUAGUACAUAUAUACUGCAUAUUCAUUAUCCCAAAGUUUUAAGGGGAGUUUAUACUGCACUAGAAAUUCGCACGCGUCACUGAAGUAGAGAAGAAAAACGGCCACAUACUCGUCGUCACAAUUUCUACCCUUGUGAAUAUUUAAAAAAUAAACCAAUGACUGAUUUUUAGUUAGUAUGCUCUAACAUCACAAUUGAGAUAUCGUGACGACUGCAAAGAAUAACGUAUGCUCUCUAAAAUAGAUUUUCAAAUGAAUGUACCACCUAUUUUAUUUUCCAUAUAUUAAGAUGAUAUUAAUGCACUGUGCACAUGUAAAUACAAAUAAGGAAUUUAUAGUAUCUUUCAGGAGAGCAAGUAUGGGCUAUUAAGAGAGUUUUAGGAUGCUGGAAAACUGUUAUACCCACAAACACAAAUUGACUGGUAUAACAUAAAUUAAGGCGCGCUGUGGAAGUCAGUAUCAACGUUCCCUUUAACGGUUCUAAACGCUUUGCUCAUAGUUAGAUUGUAAACUAAUUAACCAUUUAUUCAAAUGGUCAAUGAUUUAAUGAUACCAAAAGCCUAAUUGAGGAAAAUGAAUACAUGUUGUUUAAGAAAGUGAAAGUCGGUCAUUGUGGAGAUUUGAGAAAACCAAAGGAACCGUGUUUUCCGCUGUCGUAUGUGCGUACAUACAUAUUUCAUUUGUGUACACAUCUCGGCUUUAGAACAAUCGAUUCAGAAAUGUAUGGAACAAGUUUGAAGCAAAUGACACUGUCCACAUAAAACUAUGCAAAUA